AUGGCAGCCUCGUAUGCAGCAUAUGCAGCAGCUUCUCCAACCAUGACACCUAUCACAUCCUCCUCCUCAGAAAUCUGCCAGUUCUUUGAGAAGUACCAGAGCCCCUAUCUCCUCGGGCUACACUACAACUACACAGGGAAACUGAAUCAGGAUAGAUACAAAGAUGGACUGAAACCAGUUGCCAUUGCUUUCCUGCUCAUCUGUCUGCUCAUUGUGCUGGAGAAUGGUGUGGUGUUAGUGGCAAUUUGGAAGAACAAGAAGUUCCACAUACCCAUGUACUACCUUCUAGGUAACCUAACGUUGUCUGACCUGUUAGCAGGCAUCGCAUAUUCCAUAAAUAUAGUCAUGUCAGGACCCAACACACUGAAGUUGACACCACUGCUAUGGUUUCUGAGGGAAGGUGGUGUCUUUAUUACCCUGGCUGCCUCGGUUAUCAGCCUCUUGGCCAUUGCUAUUGAGCGCCAUGUUACAAUGGUGAAGAGGAAGCCCUAUCAAGGUGCAAAGAGCAGUCGUAUGUUUGCUCUGAUUGGUGUGAGCUGGGCACUGUCAGUGCUGAUUGGAGUGCUACCCCUAAUGGGUUGGAACUGCAUGAGUAGUCUGGAUCAGUGCUCCACUGUUCUGCCGCUCUACUCCAAAAGCUACAUCCUCUUCUGUGUGUCUGUAUUCACAGCAGUGCUGAUGGCCAUUGUUGUACUGUACGCCCAUAUCUUCUGCAUUGUCAAAUCCAACACGCAGAGGCUGGGAACCCUGCAGCGAAAAGGCCUCGCCAGACGCUCUCAGAAAUACAUGGCGCUCCUCAAGACCGUCACUAUCGUACUGGGGGUCUUCAUCGCCUGUUGGCUCCCGCUUUUCGUGCUCCUGCUGUUGGACUUUGUGUGCAAAGUUAAGACAUGUAAUAUCCUGUUCAAGGCUGAUUACUUCUUGGGAGUGGCUAUGAUCAACUCUCUGAUCAACCCUAUCAUUUAUACUCUGACCAGUAAAGACAUAAGGCGUGCGAUCCUACGCCUGCUCUGUCGCCGUUGCCUGAUGACCAAAGAUGGCCAAGUAAACAAGUUUGGUAUACCCUUCCUGGAAUGCAGCUUUAGCAAAACUGAGGUGGCCUCACACCGGCUGGAUGGCCUGGAGACCACUAUAUCAUCUGGAAAUGCCACACCAUCUCCAAUCAGAACCAUUUAUCCAAAGCUCUUCAAAUCCUGA